GCGUGCGGCGCGGAGCACCGCGGGACGUCCGUGUCGUGGGCUCGAGCCUGUGCGUGGCGCACACACCCCCGUCGUCAUGUCGUCCCCGGCGUCGACUCCCAGCCGCCGCAGCAGCCGGCGCGGACGCGCCACCCCCGCCCAGACGCCUCGGAGCGAGGAAGCCAGGUCCUCUCCCUCUCUGAGACGCAGAGGCGAGGACUCCACUUCCACGGGAGAGUUGCAGCCCAUGCCCACCUCACCCGGAGCCGACUUGCAGAGCCCUGCCGCUCAGGAUGCCCUGUUUUCCAGCCCUCCUCCGAUGCACUCUUCAGCCAUUCCUAUAGACUUUGAUAUUAGCUCACCGCUGACAUAUGGCACGCCCAGCUCUCGGGUGGAGGGAACCCCAAGAAGUGGGGUUAGGGGCACACCAGUGAGGCAGAGACCUGACCUGGGCUCCGCAAGGAAGGGUCUGCAGGUGGAUGUACAGUCUGACGGGGCAGCAGCAGAAGAUGUAGUGGCAAGUGAACACUCUCUUGGACAAAAACUUGUCAUCUGGGGGACAGAUGUAAAUGUGGCAACAUGCAAAGAAAAUUUUCAGAGAUUUCUUCAGCGUUUUAUUGAUCCCCUGGCUAAAGAAGAAGAAAAUGUUGGCAUAGAUCUCAAUGAACCUUUGUACAUGCAACGGCUUGCAGAGAUUAAUGUUAUUGGGGAGCCAUUUUUAAAUGUAAACUGUGAACACAUAAAGUCAUUUGACGAAAGUUUGUAUAGACAGCUCAUCUUUUACCCACAGGAAGUUAUACCAACCUUUGACAUGGCUGUCAAUGAAAUCUUCUUUAACCGUUACCCUGACUCUAUCUUAGAACAUCAGAUUCAAGUAAGACCAUUCAAUGCGUUAAAGACAAAGAAUAUGAGAAACCUGAAUCCAGAAGACAUUGACCAGCUCAUCACCAUCAGCGGCAUGGUCAUCAGGACCUCCCAGCUGAUCCCCGAGAUGCAGGAGGCAUUCUUCCAGUGCCAAGUGUGUGCCCACACCACCCGGGUGGAGAUGGACCGCGGCCGCAUUGCCGAGCCCUACGUGUGUGCCCGCUGCCACACGACCCACAGCAUGGCACUGAUCCACAACCGUUCGCUCUUCUCCGACAAGCAGAUGAUUAAACUUCAGGAAUCUCCUGAAGACAUGCCUGCUGGCCAGACGCCACACACCGUUAUCCUGUUUGCUCACAAUGAUCUUGUGGACAAGGUUCAGCCUGGGGACCGAGUGAAUGUCACCGGCAUCUACCGAGCAGUGCCUAUUCGAGUCAACCCCAGAGUGAGCAACGUGAAGUCUGUCUACAAAACCCACAUUGAUGUGAUUCAUUAUCGGAAAACGGACGCCAAGCGCCUGCAUGGCCUCGAUGAAGAGGCAGAACAGAAGCUCUUUUCAGAAAAACGUGUGGAGUUGCUUAAGGAACUUUCCGGGAAACCAGACAUAUAUGAAAGACUCGCUUCAGCCUUGGCUCCCAGCAUUUAUGAGCAUGAAGAUAUAAAGAAGGGGAUCUUACUUCAGCUCUUUGGUGGAACAAGGAAAGAUUUUAGUCACACAGGAAGGGGUAAAUUUCGUGCGGAGAUCAACAUCCUUCUGUGCGGUGACCCUGGCACCAGCAAGUCCCAGCUGCUGCAGUACGUGUACAAUCUGGUCCCGCGGGGUCAGUACACAUCUGGAAAGGGCUCCAGUGCGGUUGGCCUCACCGCCUAUGUGAUGAAAGAUCCUGAGACCAGGCAGCUGGUCCUGCAGACGGGUGCCCUUGUCCUGAGCGACAAUGGCAUCUGCUGUAUUGAUGAGUUUGACAAGAUGAAUGAGAGUACAAGAUCAGUGCUGCACGAAGUCAUGGAGCAGCAAACGCUGUCCAUUGCGAAGGCUGGGAUCAUCUGUCAGCUCAAUGCACGCACUUCUAUACUGGCAGCAGCAAACCCCAUUGAAUCUCAGUGGAACCCUAAAAAGACAACUAUCGAAAACAUCCAGCUACCUCAUACACUGUUAUCAAGGUUUGAUCUGAUUUUCCUAAUGCUGGACCCUCAGGAUGAGGCGUACGACAGGCGUCUGGCCCAUCACCUGGUCUCCCUGUACUACCAGAGCGAGGAGCAGGUGGAGGAAGAGUUCUUGGACAUGGCAGUGCUGAAGGACUACAUUGCAUACGCUCAUAGUACCAUCAUGCCCCGUCUGAGUGAGGAGGCCAGCCAGGCUCUGAUUGAGGCUUAUGUCGACAUGAGGAAGAUCGGUAGUAGCCGUGGAAUGGUUUCUGCAUACCCUCGACAGCUGGAGUCAUUAAUUCGAUUAGCAGAAGCUCAUGCUAAAGUACGAUUUUCCAACAAAGUUGAAGCAGUUGAUGUGGAAGAGGCAAAACGCCUCCACCGGGAGGCUCUGAAGCAGUCUGCAACUGACCCCCGGACUGGCAUUGUGGACAUAUCCAUUCUCACUACAGGAAUGAGUGCCACAUCUCGUAAACGGAAAGAAGAAUUAGCUGAAGCAUUGAGAAAACUUAUUUUAUCUAAAGGCAAAACACCAGCUCUAAAAUACCAGCAGCUUUUUGAAGAUAUUCGGGGACAGUCUGACAUAGCAAUUACCAAAGAUAUGUUUGAAGAAGCCCUACGUGCGUUGGCUGACGACGACUUCUUGACAGUGACUGGAAAAACUGUUCGCUUGCUCUGAGGUUGUUGGGAGCCAUACGGCUUACAUGCCACUGCUGCUGCCGCCAAUGCAAAUAAGUUCUGAAAGGCACUGUCCAGCUGCAUUUAAGUUUCCUAGCUGGAUUCAAUUUUGUUAGAAG